AUGAGUUACUCUAUCAACAACAACAACAAUAACAACAACAACAACAACAACAACAACAACAACAACAACAACAACAACAACAACAACAACAACAAUAGCGAUACUCAAAUGCGUGUAAUACCACGUUCCGCUUCCUGUUCACGUCGCUGCCACUGUCGCUGGUACCACGGUGGUGACAAUCUGCUCGCAACAACGACCGACAAGAUGGACGAUGAUAGGAGGAAGCAACAGCUCAACAUCCGGAGAACCACACUGCUUGCGUCACUCAGCCGAGCGGAACAAUUUCUUCAUGCAUUUGAGGCUGGACGGGACGCUCUGCAAGUCCCUCUGAGGCUGGAAAAUUUGGAAAUCGUGUGGCAAGGGCUGGAGGAAACUCAAAGGGAACUGGAGGAAAUGGAGACGUCGAAUCAAGGCAUGCUGGUCUGCUAUCUAGGUUACCUCCACCUAUCAAUCAACCAAGCAAUCUCCCUCUAA